CGUUUGGCAUCAAAACUAACAUGUCAAUAAUAAUGGGAACUGUCGGCGACGUGUCGGGAUUUGUAUUAUUUACCAUUAAUAUUUUGCUAUAUGUAUCAGAAGUUUCUGCUUACUAUUGCAAUCAUGAUUUAUGCCGGGAAGAUCAAUAUUGUUGCGGUGAUAAUAUGUGCUGCGACUACGUAUAUUCUCCAUGGUAUUUCUGGGCUGGAGUUGUCUUCAUGAUUCUUGUACUUUCUGCUUGUGGGGGUUUGUUUCGAUAUUGUUACGAGAGCAAUUCAUAUGUAGUUCAUACCAGAUACUCUUUCAAAGACAGUUAUUAUCCAACUAAAAGUGCCAGUGAAGAAGAUAAGGGAUUGAGCAGUGUGAUUAUUGACAGUGAAGCUCCACCUGCAUACUCUGUGGCAGCAUAUUCAGAUACACCCGAAGACUACCAGAGAUUUUCCUCCUAUGAACAAACAAAACAUUUGGCUAACUCACGAACUACUUGCCACUGAUUCCAGGCGACUUUGAUGUUUAUGCUUUUAUUUGUUUAUGGAAGCUCCUGGGGACCACAUUCAUAGAGCUCUUGGUUCCUCUUAAAGAUAUUCAUCUCUGCUGUACAGUCUCCUCGCAGUGUGAAUUUCUUCGACUGUUUGUAAACUUUCUUGAACUGUGUAAGGGGACAGAGUUUUAAAUAUUUAUUUUCAAAAACUGAGUAGACAUCAUAUCUGCAUUGCAUUUGACAGAUAGUUUUAUAUGUAAUUGUUAUAAAACUUGGUUGUUAUCAUAUAUCUGGAAUAUAGUAUUUAUAUCUUCGGUUGUACAGUCAUAUCAGUGGUUUCAUCCAACGGAAGCUGUGAAUGUUGUUACACAUUGAUUUUGAAGGUAACAGUAUAAAAGUUUAUAUAAUGCAAGCUCAUUUAAGUUUUAACCAAGCAGAAUUUAUGUAUGAACAUUUUAUGUUUGAAAUGUAUUCCAGAAAUGGGAAGUUCUUGUGCAUUUCCUGAACUUGUGCCAAUUUAUUCUGUAGUCUUUUUAUUUUAUUUUUAAGUUAAAAUUUAGAGUAGAUUCAUUUUGUGUCUGUACAUAUGUUUUGAAUUGACUAAAAAAAUUUUUUUAUAUUCAGCCUAGUUUGAAAAGUUCUUUUUUGUAGCCCUCAUAAUACUUCAUAUUAUUCUAAUAAAAAAACGCUAUACUGUGCCAA